GUAUGUAUGUAAUAAUAACUUAAUAAGUGUAUAUUUUUUACUAACGGCCGCCCGCGACUUCGUACGCGUGGGUUUAGUUCUACGGAUACAUUAUUAGUACACCUCCACAUGAUCUAUAGAGCAUACAUGUUAAAUUUUAAAUCGCUUACUUCAAAAAUAUAUUACUUUCAUACAAACCUUCAACCCCCGUAUUACCCCCUUAGGGGUGGAGUUUCGUGAAAUUCGAUCUUAGCGGAUAUGUACAGCCUAUAAGAAACCUACCUGGCAAAUUUUAAGUUUGUAGAUGUUAUAGUUUCUAAGAUUUCGUGAUUAACAAGUGAGUUCGCUGCGACGUCGUCUGCACCCAAGAAUUCUGCUGGUGCGGUAUACGACUGAUGUCCAAGUACACAGAGCGAAUGAGUUCUUCUAAGCUAGAUACAACUCUACCGAGAGACUCUGGAAGCACCAACUGUCCACCUCUCUCCUCUGGUAGAGUGCCUUCGCCAAGACUUAGAAGGACAUCGGAGAAUUCUUGAGCACGUGCAUUGUCGCCGAGCCGAGCUCUCAUAUUAAUGGUCAAGCGCAGCGUACAAACUUGUGACCACAACGAAGAUCGUUUCACGAAGCAUUCAACUCGUCAGCCCUCGAUCCACACGUCAACACGGGAAGCGUUUGUCGGAAAUCGUCACUGAACAGAACUGUGACACCAACCAUGAAAUGUUCGUUCCUGCGGAUGUCCUGCAGUGUUCUGUCCACGGUUUCAACUGCCUUCCUGUUGGCCAUCGUACACUCAUCCCAUACGAUCAGAGAGCAAUCCUUGAGCACGUGUCCCUUAUCACUGUUACGUGACACACCACAAACAGGCGUUUCGGCGCUCUCUAAAUCGAUGGGAAUUUUAAACAUGGCAUGUGCUGUCUUGCCACCCGGAAGCAGCGUGGCAACGAUUGACAACGACGCUACAGCAAUGGGAAUUUUGCCUUGCCUCCUGACCUCUACAAGUAUGCCAGUGGUAACAAAUGUUUUUCCUGUUCCACCAGGAGCAUCCAAGAAAUUUUUUUUAUCCUGGUUUGCCUUGCUCUGAAGAGAACAAAGCGACAUGGUCAUUUCGUAUGUGCGCUGUUGCUUAGCUGAGAGGGGGUAUUUUCGUCUUAACCAGGUCACGAUUGCAAUGGUGACCCUAAUUCAAAUUUAUUAAAAUUGCAACUUCAUACGCGUUAUGUAUCCUUUUUUGAGAAUACCACAGGAACCGCACAUUUAUCCGGGAUAUAAAAUAUCUGUAAAGUAUAUGCAUUCGAAAAGACAUUGCUCGUUCCCCAUACAU